AUGUUCAAACCAGACGCAAGAGGCGCGGCGAGCAACAGAGGUCGUGACCGGGAGAAGCCAAUGAUCAUUUGGCACAUUUUUGCUCGGGGUGGGGACCCAGUUUCCAUGCAACGCGAAGAACUGACUAUGAUCCAGAACAUUCUGCUGCAGCUUUUCAGGCAAUUUCCUGGAGAGAUUGACCGGGCGUUUGCAAAAACCUACAACAUGAUGCUGAGCCAGCAGAAGCCUGAUUACAUCAAAGCAGGCUUAUCUACUUUCAGAUUCAAGACUCUUGAGAACACCCUAUUCUACUUCCUGGCAGACAUUAGGCCAGUAAGACCACGGAUCUUCAUCUUCUUGGACGGGCCGAGUGGCUUUUCGCGACAGAAGACGGCUUUCCUUAACGUCUCGGAAGCCGAGGAUUGCCCACUUGUUUACAAGUUGAGAGGAGUUAAAGGUGUCAAGGUGUGUGUUGCCAGUAGACCUGGGGGGAUGUUCCAUGACUGGGAUCGUUCACUUCAUGGUCGGGAGGAAAGGGGUUACAUGUUUCAUACCCUCCGCAUCCAGGAUUAUACGCGAGGGGAUAUCCAGACGUUCUGUGCCAACCGGCUAAAGAGUGUGCUUCUUCCGCUGCGCCUACCUCUCGCCGCAAGUAUUGCAGACGCAUCGCAAGGAUCGUUCAUUUUGGCCAGGGACGGAUGCGAGGCUGGACUGCGAGAUUACGAACAGUCGGAAAACCAACAAGCCAUCACCUACUCCACAAUUCUCUUCAAUUCGCUACUAGAUGAACUCCACGCUAUGCCAUCAUAUUACAAGUUACCCAACUACCUGUUCGGGCCCGAAAACCGCCUGGACACGCUUUCAGCGUAUCUCAACCUGAUCAUCACCCACACCAAGUACAACAUGUCCCAGGCUCGUGCCAAACGACCCUUAUCACUCCUCCAACUGACACUGGCUGUCGAUUCAUACCGAGGCACUCUCCCAUCAGCGCCGCUCACAGACUAUCAGAUGGAAUUUCUUGCCAGAGCCUGCGAUACCAUAGCGCACAAGAUCAAAAAGGAACUCUACCCCUUGGUUGUUCUUCGAGAAUUGGAAAACGAAGAAAAGCUCACCCGAGGUGUGGGUGACAACUUAGGGACAUGGCCAGGAGGUGUAGCAAACGUGCGGAAAGGUUUGGUCUUCGCGGCAGGAACAAAGGUUAUGCUUCUGCACAGUAACAUGCUGGAGUACCUGGAGACUACCAACAAGGGCCGGGCACUACUGGAGAGGAAUGAUUGCGGAAGUGCCAAAGCACUCAUCAGGCACGACUGGUCGCUUAAAGGUAGAGAUGUCCAGGUUGUUGAUGUGAUGAAGACAAACAAGGACCGGUUCGUGCGGGAUCGCGUGGCGAUGUUACUGAGGGCGUCAAUGUUUGAGCAUGCUUUGCUUAUGCCGGGUGUUGUUAAUGAGGAGUGUGAGGAGUGGUUGGGACGUGGCGGCACUCAGAUGAUAGAGGCGGAGCGUAACCCGGAGCCUGAACCAAAGCGGCGGUAUCACGCCACGAGGUCCAAGACUACCAGUGCGACCACUACCAGUGCCAAGGCUGUGAAGACAGAAUCAUAUCGGCCGUAUCACGAACAUUUAAAGUUGUUGGAAAACUUGCCGGAAGUGCGUGGGCUGGAAGGCGAGAUGUUGUUAUUUGAGGUUUGGCCGAAGACGUUUGUUAAGCAGAUUAAGAUUGAACCGGAGGAAGUAGGUAGUGAUGAGGGAAGUGAGGAUGGUGGUAAUCGAAGGGAAGGGAAGAGGCGGAGGAUGGAGUAA